GUGGUGUUUGAACGUGUGAUUGUUGGCGGUUGGUGACGUUACAGAAAUACGGAAAAAUGGGUUUGUGGAAGAGUAUAAUAAAUCGCAUGUGGAAUGUGUAUUCUGUGUGGUUUGUGUUUAGCGUGUACACAUUGUUAAUAUUUGAGAGACUGCACAAAGUGCAUCCUAUCCCACUUGUUGAUGAGGUGUUUCACAUACCCCAAGCUCGGAAUUACUGUGAUGGCAAUUUCCUGCAGUGGGAUCCUAAAAUAACAACACUCCCUGGACUGUACGUGUUUUCUGUCAUUUACCUCAAGAUUGCUGGAUUGUUUAUGGGGCAAGAUUUUUGUGACGUACAUGGUCUUCGUGUCUUUAAUGUUUUCCUCUGUCUUGCUAAUUUUAUCCUGAUUUACAAACUACAACGACAGAUAAGCACCUUGGGGAGGUGGUGUGAUGGCAGGAAAUGUUUGGCAGAUGAGUGCAAAUGGAGGGAUCUUGCCACAGCUUUGAAUAUGUCCCUGUUUCCUGUUCUCUACUACUUUGCAUUCUUUUACUACACUGAACAGUUAUCAACUUUUACUGUGUUACUGACGUAUUCAUUGUCACUUACUGAAUAUACCAAAGAAUCUGCCAUAAUGGGUGUUAUAUCCAUCUUUGUGCGUCAGACCAAUGUGAUAUGGAUAGGAUUCAUACUCCUGAUUAAACUCUUCAGUUUACUCCAGCGUGAUAUGGUAGCUGUUGGACAGUACGUGAAUGUGUUAAAAGAUGAAGAGUUCUUUCAAAUGGUGACGGCAUUGAUCUACCAUCCACUUUACUCCUGGUGGAAGAGGCGGCAAGCUUUUAUCACGUUAAUUUCAAACUAUGUUGUAAAAAUGCGCCAUUAUUUGAUAGUGUGUGUCAUUUUUAUGAUAUUUGUCGUGAUUAAUGGAGGUAUAGUUGUCGGUGACAAAUUGGCCCAUGUUCCGGUCUUACAUUUAUCCCAGAUGCUGUACUUUAUUCUGUUUGCAUCAUCUUUUUGUAUGCCUUAUUUUAUAAUUUUGGGCGCCUCAUUCAAGAGCUGGCUGAGACAACAUUAUAUAAUUGCAGCAAUAUUUUUAGUUCUGUGUGCAGUAGUGGUACGCUAUUACACAUUUGUGCAUCCUUACCUCCUGGCUGAUAAUAGACAUUAUGUUUUCUACAUUUGGAAGUUAUUGUAUGAACGCAAUCCAAUGAUAAAGUAUUUUUUAAUUCCAAUUUAUUUGUAUGGAGGAUAUUGUAUAACAUACUUUCUUGAUACACAUUCAUUUGCAUAUAAGCUGUCAUACUUAAUUUGUGUAUUCUUAAUUUUGGUACCACAAAAGCUUCUAGAAUUUCGUUAUUUUAUUUUACCAUUCUUAAUAUUUCGCUUGAAUGUUUAUCCAAAGUAUCGGUGGCAGUUGUGGUUAGAGUUUUUUAUGUAUGCCAUUAUCAACUUGUCAACAUUUUAUUUAUUUCUGACUCGUGAGAUUCGUUGGGACGACAUUGCUGAAGUUCAAAGACUUAUGUGGUAAAUGUGACAUCUUCAAUUGAAGAAAGACUGAACUGUAUUUGAUUUCACCAGUUCUGUAUUGUAUGGUUGAAAUGUACAACAGCAGCUGUUUAGAACUAGAAAAUUUAAUAUGUUUCUACUUUCAGAUAUUAUUGCCAAACAUAUUUGAUACAUCGUAAGAAAAAAAGGAAGAAAUGUACUAUGUGGUAUGCUCCUUCAGUGCAGUUAUAGAUGUUAAGUGUGUUGCCACUCUAGGCAUUAAAUGUAUACUGCCUAGUCACCUGGCUGUGUUCGUGAUCUCAUUUUGUUUUAAGAGUUUUCUUUGUGGGUAUAUAUAGGUACUUUAAGGUUAGGUAGUAUCGGGCAGUGACCAGUGAUUUUUAAACCAAUGAUAUUUGAGAAUUAUAUGUGAUAUCUCUGUGAGAAUUUGUAAGUGAUACUGAAUUACACAGUUUUGGGACCAAUUUCUUUGAUAGAUCCUAGUGUGGUUGAGAGGACAGUAUGUGUGAAGUAUUCUCACAUUAAUAGAAGUAGUUCAACUGUGGUCUGUUAAAAAUUCUGAGGUUUUCUUGACUGUUGUAAUGCUACACUUUUUGUGGCCGAAACUUCUCUCUCAAACUUUAUAUAAAGGUGUCUUUGUGUUUAAAUUCAUCUCUAUGAGAAAUAAAAACCUGAGAAUGUGCAAAGGCCAUCAGAGUGCAUAGGGUGCAGAAAACGUGAACUACUACAUCAUAAAUAUUGAACAUUAUUGAUGUAAUAAAAGUUCUCAGCUGCACUUGUUUGGAAAGCAGUCACUACUAGUCUUGGUAUGCGAAGAGUUGCAUGCAGUUAUAAGUAUCAGAUGAUACAUCACAACCGAAGCAAUAAAUUUAAUUUAGUGGACGUUAGCAUUAUUGAAUUUGUUCCAAAUGAACAUAGAUAAUGAGGUGUCAGUGGUGUAUAUUUGGCAAGAAAAAUUUGAUUACUUAUAGUUAUCUUUCAGUUAGUGUUUUUACUUUUCUGUUUUUAUCAGUCUAUUGCCAGUAGUCAUGGAGUUAUUCUGUACACUAUAUUACUUCAUUACAUGACAUAAGCCGAGUUACAUAGUACCUGCCCUGUAUUAUGGAGUAAGUCUCACUGUUUCUUUUUGUGUAUUGUUUCAGAAUUUGUGCAAUGACAUAUACAGUGUACGCUGAUUUUGGGGAAAGCAUUUUUCAUCAAAUAUUUCCUUAUAUUUUGUACUUAUUUCAGCAACCAUAAUUGUUUUUGUACUUCAUUUUAUUGGUAACCAUUGUAUUCUCUCCCUCGAUUUCACUGUAGUUACUGCCAUAUUUAUUAUUAUUAUUAUUAUUAUUAUGUAUUCACCCACCACAAUUUCUGUAAAAUCCUUAAAUAUUACACCGAACUAUUGAUCCAUCUAUUACAUAGGCAUUUAAUUGUCAUUGUUGCUGUUGGCAGUGUGGCUUGCUUUUAUAGUUCCUUCCUUGUAACUCUUCACUGUUCAUAUUUGUUACAUGUUGUGGAAGUUGCUCUGCUGUAGCAAUUAGUGUUGCAUUAAGAUUAUGCCAAGUAAAUAUUGUGAAUUUUUAGUUCUGUAAAAGACACGUGUAUUUUAUCAUUCUUUGUAAAACUAGCAGUUUUCUACCCAACUGCCUUACCAAAGGUUUCGAGGAAAGAAAUUUUUAGUGUUACAAAAUUUGUUUAAAAACAUUCUUGUUUGAGUUAAUAAAGUGUUUCCUCCUUUUUAUUGCAUUGUAUUUGUGUGUUGUUAUGUAGAAAAAAUAGGCUCAGAAAUUUGGAUACUUUUGGUGACUGUGUUGGUUUGCGAUAUAACAGGUGAUUCUACCUGUUAAAUGUUUUAGACAAUUAACUGGAACUUUUGGUGCUUAUCCCUUUCUUUCCUGUUUCUCCUUUUCUUGCAGAAUAAGAACGAUUGAAAUACAUGCUAUUAAUUGACCUGCAAUGUGAUCAACAUUCAUUCCAUCUAGUUAUUAGUGAUUUUAAAAGUAUUUGUCAUUAUAGGUCUCUUAUUAAAUUGAGACAAAAUUUAUGUACUGUGUAUUAUAAUAAUAUUGAACAGACACUCUGAAAAUCAUUUAUAACAUGGAAAUGUGUAUAAUUGUAAUAAAAUAUUUGGAAAGAGUGAUUUUAUAAUUUUUUGUGGUUUUUUGUAGUAGUAAAGUGUUUCUGGUGUUCUGUGGAGCAAUGCCCUUCAUAGAGUUUUGGCAAAAAACUGUGGAAAUGAAAACUUGUAUUGUUGUCCUUGGCAGUUCUUAAUGAAACUCACCGUUCUUCAACCAGUUACCCAUAAACAUUGUUCAUCAAAAGUUAGCAGGGACCAAUACCAUAUGUCAGUUCCUGGCACUGGAUGUUCUAUGUCUGCUUCUUACAUUUUAAGUGACGCUUCAGGUACCUUUUAAUCAUUCCUGGCACACAUAAUGAUGCCAGGCUUGGUUAUGAUUCUUGAUAAGUGGUGAUAUACUGUUUUCAACAUGAUACAUGUGUUUAUAGAAAUCUCCCCCCCUCAUCUCUCUCUCUCUCUCUCUCUCUCUCUCUCUCUCUCUCUCUCUCUCUCUUUGUGCUGUGUGUGUGUGUGUGUGUGUGUGUGUGUGUGUGUGUGUGUGUGUGUGUGUGUACUUCUUACUUUAAUGAUACAUGUGGUUGUGAUUACUAGUGUUACUCAUUGUUAUUACAGUAAUAACUCAAAGCAGUGCAUAUUUAUGAAGAUAAUUCAUAAUUGAACUUUCCAGCUGAAGUGAAUUAAUAUUUUCAGUUAUUUGUCUUAAUUUGAGGCUACCACAAGUUGUAUUGAAAAUUUCUGAAAAUUCAUUGGAUAUAAAUUCACUUGGAGUUACUUUCAUAUUUAUUUCUGUAAUUAUUUCAUAAUCUAGUGUUAAUUCGUGAUGUUAUGUGUGCAAUAUUGUAUUGUUGUAUCUCUUGAACCCUCCUGAAAAAGUAACUAAAUUUCUUGUGCAAUGU